AUGAACGCUAUAAUGGAUAUAGAAGAUUGCGAUAUCAAGAUAAACUUCGAUGGCACCCGCACUUCUUUGAUGGAAGCUGCUAGUGCAGAACACGUGGAUAUCGUAUCACGCUUGAUUACUCACAGGGCCGACGUUAAUACUCGAUCUGCAUCAUGUAACACAGCUUACAUAUAUGGAUGCGCCGGUGGACACGAAGAAAUUGUACGUGUCUUAUUAGAGUCAGGUGCUGAUGUUGAAGAUCACAAUGAAGACGGUAAUACUCCUUUAAUGGAAGCAGCAAGCGCCGGGCAUGUCGAAGAAGUUGUACGUAUUUUAUUAGAUUAG